AUGCCGCUGGGCCUGGUCGAGCGCGGGCACCACGAGAAUCCGCGGUACGAAUCCUUGGCUCAUAUCCGGCCAACCGUGGAUUGUGGUCCGCCUAAGGCACUCGCCCGCCCACCACGACCGCCGGCCUCCUUCACUGCCAGAAAAGAGGCGCAGGUGGAAGCGGCAGUGAAUGACAUCAAAAUGAUUGAAAACAUUGCACGGGAGAUGGCUCGACCUCCCUCCCUGUCGGUUCUGGAGAGGAAGGGCCCCAUGAGCCUGAAUACAAACCAGCGGCGAAAGGAGCUGCAGCGGAUAGAUCUGGAGAACCAGCGCCUCUUGAAGCGUCUCGAGAGCCAGAAGUCGACCUACUCUCGGCGUGACCAAAAAAGCAGCUACGAACAGAGCCGGCGCCACGCCCGUCUGGCACGCGCCAGGGGCCGAGCGAAGAUCUGCCAAGCGACCUGCAGAAGAUGCGCGAAUUGCUCCUUCCACUCCUCUUACAAUCUUGGUACUGAUAGAACCUUCUUGUUAAUGUGGAUACCCAAGCUUGGUUGCUGA